CACCCUCCAAUGGCUGCCCGUCUCCCCCAAGUUGCCCGCCUCAUUCUCUUCACUGGCCCAAAUUGUUCGCUUUGUGACGUUGCAAAAUUAGAAUUGGCGAAAGUCAGGCAGUCACAUCAAUUCGACCUUGAAAUAGUCAACAUACAGGACAAAGGCCAAGAAAGGUGGAAGAAGAAAUACAUCUACUGGAUUCCCGCGCUCCAUCUGGAUGGGAGGGAGAUAGCGAAAGGUCGCUGGGAUGCCUCCACCAUACUCGAAUCCAUGAAGCAGCGGAAAGCGGCACUAGAAGCUCAGGAGGAAGUUGUCUAGAAAGUAAUCCUUGCGGGUCCAAUGUUGUCCGCAACUUUUACAUCGAUACUUCUGGGUCAGCUUGGUUCCAGGAAUUGUCACCUCAGUCAUGCUUUUAUGAGAGGCACGUUUCGGGUAUCCUAGGCGAGAAU